CAAAUCUAGGUUAUUGACUUUCUCUUCAUCAAAGAACAUCUAUCUCCACCACAUUAAGGAGUCUCAUCAUCGUAGAUCAUAUAUAGAGGAAAGACAUAUGAGCCGGUCCUCUUUCCAUUGCCUUGAAAAAAUAGCUUCCGAAAUUGAGAGAGAACGCGGCCCUCACAAUCAUAGAUAUGAUUGAUGAUAGCAAAUGAGCUCCAAGUAAUUCCACCUGGAAUUUCUGUCCCUCCCUCGCAUUUUCCAAUUCACGAGAAGCCAAAAAACGAGGCAAACGAUGAAACUUCGUUGGUUUUGUUUUCUUUAAGAUUACUUAUCGUCAGGGAGUGGCUCUGUCAAGCGUACACUUGAAUAUCUUCACAUACAUAUAUAUAUCCUCGCUGUCCUCCUCUGCUCCUUCUAUUUCGUACGGCUUUUGCGUACAAUUUUGGAGUACGAAUUCAGGAUUUAAGAGCAGGAGAGUUUGAGAUCUGGGUUGGAGUGUGUGUAUUGGCCAUGGGGAGCUCAGAGGAGAGAGUGGUUGCAGUGAUCAUGGUGGGUGGACCCACCAAAGGUACAAGAUUCCGACCAUUAUCAUUGAAUAUUCCGAAACCUCUUUUUCCUUUAGCUGGUCAACCCAUGGUUCAUCAUCCCAUUUCUGCAUGUAAAAGGAUCCCAAACUUAGUGCAAAUCUAUCUAGUUGGAUUUUACGAGGAGCGUGAAUUUGCAAUGUAUGUCUCCUCUGUCUCCAAUGAGCUCAAAGUUCCUAUCAGAUAUUUGAGGGAAGACAAGCCACAUGGUUCUGCUGGUGGGCUUUAUAACUUCAAGGACCUGAUCAUGGAAGACAAUCCGUCUCAUAUGUUCUUACUGAAUUGCGAUGUCUGCUGCAGUUUUCCAUUGCCAGAAAUGCUUGAGGCUCAUAGAAGUUACGGUGGGAUCGGAACAAUUCUAGUAAUCAAGGUUUCUGCUGAGUCAGCGAGCCAGUUUGGAGAAUUGGUUGCUGAUCCAGUCACCAAUGAACUGUUGCACUAUACUGAAAAACCUGAAACUUUUGUGAGUGACAGAAUAAAUUGUGGUGUGUAUGUGUUUACACCUGAAAUUUUUCCUGCCAUCCAGGGUGUUUCUUCUCAAUGGAAAGACAGAGCAAAUCUAAGAAGAGUUACCAGCUUUGAAGCCCUCCAUUCAUCUACAAGGAGCUUUCCUAGUGAUUUUGUAAGAUUGGAUCAAGAUAUCCUCUCACCUCUUGCGGGGAAGAAACAGUUAUAUACAUUUGAAACCAUGGAUUUCUGGGAACAAAUCAAAACCCCUGGAAUGUCACUGAAAUGUUCAUCCUUGUAUCUAGCCCUAUUCCGGUUCACCUCCUCCCAUCUUUUGGCUAGUGGGGAUGGUGUAAAGAGUGCUACCAUUAUUGGUGAUGUCUACAUUCACCCAUCCGCAAAAGUACACCCAACUGCUAAGAUCGGUCCCAAUGUUUCAAUAUCUGCAAAUGCUCGUAUAGGACCUGGAGCUAGGCUCAUCAGUUGUAUCAUCCUUGAUGAUGUUGAAGUAAUGGAGAAUGCUGUUGUUAUUCAUGCAAUCGUUGGGUGGAAGUCAUCUAUUGGCAGAUGGUCGCGUGUCCAGGCUGCUGGUGAUUACAAUGCUAAACUUGGCAUUACAAUUCUCGGUGAAGCAGUGACUGUUGAAGAUGAAGUGGUGGUUACUAACAGUGUUGUCCUUCCCAACAAGACACUCAACGUCAGUGUACUUGAGGAAAUAAUUCUGUAAUUAAGAAGAUCAAAAGCUCCUAUAAGUCUAUUUCCUCUCAUAUAAUAAUGGUUACUCCUUUAGUUUCUCGGCUAAGGAAAUAAAUUAUUUGUAAGAAUUGAUAUAUACUGCCAGACAAUAAAAGAAAAUCUCACUAUUUGUUGUUA